AUGGAGCAGAGCUCCACGAAGAAGAUGUCCGAGCCGCCGGACGUUGACGCGCAGCGUAUCCCGGUCACCGUCGUUACUGGCUUCUUGGGAAGCGGAAAGACGACCCUAAUCAACCGUAUUUUGAAAGAGAAGCAUGGCCGCAAAAUCGCCGUCAUCGAAAACGAGUUUGGCGAAAUUGGUAUCGACGAUGGCAUCGUUUUCAACUCUCAGGAGAACAUCCUGGAGAUGAACAAUGGGUGCAUUUGUUGCACUGUUCGUGGCGACUUGAUCAAGAUCCUCAAAAAGCUUUGGAAGCGUAAGAACAAGAUUGAGCACGUCCUCAUCGAGACGACGGGCCUCGCCGACCCAGCCCCUGUAGCACAGACAUUUUUCGUGGAUGACGACGUGCAAGAGCAUUACCGCCUGGAUGCCAUCAUUACUGUGGUCGACGCUAAGCACCUGAUUCAGCACCUGGACGACGACAAGCCCGAAGGCGUAGAAAACGAGGCGGUAGAGCAGCUGGCGUUCGCCGACAAGGUGCUGCUUAACAAGGUCGACCUGGUGUCCGCCGAGGAGAAGCAGGAGGUCGUCAAGCGCAUCAAGGCCAUCAAUUCGUCAGCCGACAUUAUUGAGACGGUGCAAGGCAACGCCCCCCUGGAGCGCAUCCUGGAGAUCAAGGCAUUCUCGUUGGAGCGAAUCUUGGAGGGCGAGCCGACCUUUCUGGAGUCGGAUGGCGAGCACCAGCAUGACUCCUCUGUUACCAGCGUGGGCCUUGAGCUGGAGGGCGAAAUGGACAUGAAAAAGCUGGACAGCUGGCUCGGCGCCAUCCUACGCGAGAAGGGCACGGACAUCUUCCGCAGCAAGGGCAUCCUCGCUAUCAAGGGCACAGCAGACAAAUUGGUGUUCCAGGGUGUCCACAUGCUGAUGGGCUUCGCCAGCAGCAGUGAGGGUGUCGGCAAGCCCUGGCAGGAUGGGGAGAGGCGAGUGAACCGCAUCGUUUUCAUUGGGCGGCACCUGGACCGAAAGCAGCUGGCGAGCAGCUUCACGGCGUGCCUGGCAGACUAA